AUUAAUUCAGUAACUGUGCGGUCCUCUCUGAUGUAAAGCGAUGCAUGCAAGCCGAGUUGAGCUCUCUGCAUCUCUUCGUUGAUUAUCACCCUAGCCCUUUGGAAACAUUCAAGUAAUCAACAUGAAGUCUUUUUCUGCGGAUCCGUGGAUGCGCAAGCCAAAAAUAAUACUGGGACUCGAUAUUGGCACGACGUUCUCUGGAGUGUCAUUUGCAUACCUCUUUCCAGAAGGUCCCCAGGCAGUCAUGAGAGUGAAUGCAUGGCCCGGGCAGGAAGCCCACUCAGGUGACAGUAAGAUCCCGACUCAGAUAUGGUAUGACAAGAAUAAGAAAGCCACCGCGUUUGGCGCCGAGGCGUUAAGCGCCGAGACACAAGAUGAAGCAGAGGACAGCGGUUGGAGUCUUGCAAGGCAUUUCAAACUCCACCUACACCCCAAAGCGAUGAAGGAGAUGCAUAAUUUGACCCUCGAUCCGCUGCCUGAAGGCGUUCCCCUCUCAACCAUAUAUAGAGACUUCUUUGGAUAUCUCAUUCAGCACACUCAAGAUGCGUUUGAAGACUGUGUCCUCGAUGGAACUCGCAUGUGGGAGAUGCUUUUCCCCUCUGCUGAUGUUGUCAUUGCCCACCCGAAUGGAUGGGGCUUGAGGGAACAAGAAUUCAUGCGAGAAGCUGCAGUGGCAGCUAAUAUCGUCCCCCGGUCCCAGUCGCGUACCCGAAUCUUCUUUGUCACUGAAGGAGAAGCUUCUGUCCAUUACUGCAUGUUUUACGCCAACUUAGCACCACAGCUCAAGGAAAACGUGAAGUUCAUCGUCUGUGAUGCUGGUGGAUCAACAGUCGAUACAACCACCUACUCAGUCUCCCAAGUUCAUCCCCGGCUUCAGCUCCACGAAGUGAAACCGUCGGCUUGUAUUCUGGCAGGUGGUGUAUUUGUAAACAUUGCUGCGGAAGAAUACUUCCACCGCGUAUUUUCAAACCCCGAGGCAAAUAUUCCACCGGAUGAAACUAGAGACUUGGUCAGAAAUGCCGUGGAUGCUUUUGAAAUGACCGUCAAAAAAGCCUUCAAUGACAUAACAAGUAAAGGGAGCCUGGACCUUGGGAUGAGUCGAUACAAUAAUCCAGCUGUUGGUGUGAAGCGUGGGCGGAUGACGCUGGACGGGACGACCACCGGGACUUUCUUCCAACCGGUCGUAAACCAGAUUGUUGACUCUUUAAAGGAGCAAAUGUCUGGUGUUAACUGCAAGCAUAUUUUGGUUGUUGGAGGCUUUGGAGAAAACAGGUUUCUAAGGGAAACACUUAAGAAAACGUUCGGGAGCAGAGACUGCCAAGUAGUCACUGCAAAUGACUCAACAUCUAAAGCAGUAUCGGAUGGUGUGGUUAUUUUCCAUGCCAUAUCUCUAGUCACUGCCCGGGCUUGCCGCUUCGACUACGGGACGUCCAAAAGUGUACUGUACAAUCCAGAGGACCCGCAGCACAGUAAGCGAACACCCCACUAUUCAAAUGAUGGGAAAGAGUGGACAUGCUCUGUGUGGCAACCCCUUGUCAGGCGUUCAAAUGACGGUGUUGAGAGGCCUUACUAUCGUACAUACGAAGUUAUUUCUCCAAAUCUUACUCAUUUCACAGAAGCGGUAUUUGCUUAUACCCUACUCAAUGGGCAGGAAGAGCCUUACUACGUAAAGGAUGCUGACGAAAAUCUUACACCGGGAAUGGAGAGAGUUUGUGUCAUCUCCGCAGAUCUAAGCCGGUUAUCUGGGGCCCUUAAAGAGCAUCGGGGAGUCAAGGGAAAAUAUUGGAAGGUGGAAUAUAACAUUGGCAUCAAAUUUGGUGGAACAGAGCUUCAAGCGUAUCUUACAUGGACUGAAAACGGAAAGAAGUGCAUGAGCGAGGCUCAAAUUAUCCCGAGCUCGCUGAUGUAAACAAACUGGUGUUUGUAGGAUUUUAUGUAAUUGUCUCACUGUU